GUCAUGUGGGAAGGCCAUGGGUACAUCUGGUACGGCUACGAAGUGGAAGGUCUGGAGAACAUUCCCGACAGUGGACCAGCGUUGCUCGUCUACUACCACGGUGCCAUUCCAAUUGAUUACUACUACCUCUCGGCGAGGUGCAUCAUCGCCAAAAAGCGUCUCAUCUACUCUGUCGGUGAUCGAUUUCUCUUUAUGAUACCCGGCUGGACGCGUCUGAUGGAAGUUCUAAAAGUCUUUCCAGGCUCAGUGAGCACCUGCGUGAAGGUGCUGAAUGAGGGCAACUUGCUGGCAAUAUCGCCCGGAGGUGUCAGAGAAGCUCAAUUUGGGACGGAGUACUACGAGUUGGUUUGGUCAGGUCGCGUUGGCUUUGCAAAGGUCGCCAAGCAGGCUCAAGUGCCCAUCAUUCCCAUCUUCACGCAGAAUAUUCGGGAGGCCUUUCGCACUGUUCAGCUCGGGCAGGGCUUCUUCCGGUGGCUGUACGACAAGUACCGCCUCCCACUGGCCGCCAUCUACGGCGGCUUUCCCGUCAAGCUGACGACCUACAUUGGCAAGCCCAUCAUGGUGGACCCAGAUUGGACUCCCGAGGAGAUCUCCCUUAAGGCGUCUAGUGCAAUUGAAGAGCUUAUUCAACAGCAUCAAAUCAUUCCCGGGCAGAUUAUUCGCGCAAUGGUGCAACGAGUUUAUACGUUCCCCAAAAAGUCUGAGUAG